GAGACGCUACAGGGGCGAAAACGUCUGCUUCUCUCGGGCGCGCACAAGCCUUUUCGCUGUUAAUAGCAGCCAGCGCACGCGCUCGGAGCUUCACAAUGGAGACUGAAAGCUGUUUGUCUUUCGGAUCUCCUCCGAACAGGACGACGCCGGAGCAAUCUCCAGGUCUGGAACAUAAUUCCGCCUCGUUCUUCCAGUGCGACGAGCUGCAGAAAUCUCCACUCGCUCACCCGGCGCAAAGGCACAGUGCGCGCGGGGACUUCUUUCAUGCGCGCUACGCUGCGAACGGCGCGCACGCAGACUUUACGCACAGCCUCGGUGGUUCUUCGCCCAGAAAACACAGCAAAUACUUGGAAACCACCGACACGGACCAAAAACCUGUAUCCAUAACGGAGAAGAGCUCAUUUUACAACAGCAGUUCCAGUGUGGCAGAGAAGUCAUUGCUUAAGCCUUUGACUUAUCCUGUUCUGGAUUCUGAAUGCUGUGGCAAAUUGAAAGAGCCUUCAGAUGGACUAACUGAAGGAGACCCUAUUGCAGACUCCAUUAACCUGUCAGGCAAGAACAAGAAACGCAGAAACCGGACCACAUUUAGCACCUUUCAGCUGGAAGAACUGGAAAAGGUCUUUCAGAAGACACACUACCCAGAUGUGUAUGCACGGGAGCAGUUGGCCCUGAGGACUGAGCUCACUGAAGCACGAGUGCAGGUGUGGUUUCAAAAUAGAAGGGCUAAAUGGAGAAAGCGGGAGCGUUAUGGCAAAAUGCAGGAAGUCCGAAAUCACUUUGCGGCUACAUAUGAUAUUUCCCUGCUACCCCGCUCAAAUACCUACCAGAUGCAAGGUAACCUGUGGCCUAGUGGAGGAGGUGCAGGAGGAGCCAGUGGGGGCUGCGUCCUGGGCACAGACAGUAUGCCUUCUUCCUGCAUGGCUCCUUACACUCAUCCCCAUGCACACCCCCAUGCUCAUGGGCUUAUGGGAAUGUCCACAUCCCCAACUCACCCUCCACAUCAUCCUCAUCCUCAUCAUCCAGGAAUCAAUGGCCUGUAUUCCCUCCACAGCUUUCAGGGAAGUCUGGGGGCUCAUUCAUUUGAGCCCAGCCCUGAGACUGACUACAAGCCCUCAGGGCUGGUGGCACUGCGCAUGAAAACUAAAGAUCCUGGCAGUCUCUUGUCUUGGCCAACGUGACUGGUAUUUAAUUAGGACUGAGCCAACAUAUAAUCAAGGGGUUCACAGAGAAACCCAAACAUUAGAUGUUUUGGACAGAGUUCAAUUCCCAUCAAGCAAGAAGAACAGUUUACAGUAGUUCUAAUCCUUUACUAGAUGUGCAGUUAAUAAAAUAGUAAUAACAACUAGAAAUCCCACCUGUAUAUUCUGUUUAUGUUUCCAUAUGGGAGCAUGUUAUUGGUUGUUGUCUAUCUUGUUACACUAUGCAAGCCAAAGGUUGCCUUAAUAUUGAAGUUAGGAAUAUAGGCAUACAUGAAAAAUGUAUUCAAAUAAAUUAGCAUAAGUGUCCAAAGACAAAUAAUUAUGUUUUUAUUUAAAAUAGUUAUUCGCAUAUUUCCAUUGUAUACUGAUUUUUGUAAAUGACAGUCAAAAACUGCUUAUGUUUCAGUUGUGCUGCAAUUAAAGUUAAUUUGUAAUUACAAAAA